AUGGGAUUCCUUGCCUGGGAGAAGAAGAAGGAGAAGAAGAAGGAGAAGAAGGAGAAGAAGGAGAAGAAGGAGAAGAAGAAGGAGAAGAAGGAGAAGAAGGAGAAGAAGGAGAAGAAGGAGAAGAAGAAGGAGAAGAAGGAGAAGAAGGAGAAGAAGGAGAAGAAGGAGAAGAAGGAGAAGAAGGAGAAGAAGGAGAAGAAAGGAAAGAAAAGUCUAGUAGGAAAGAGGAGAGGUGUAUGCUUUCCUGUUUGCCUUGUGGUGGCAUGGGUCUGGCCAUCUUGGGACUUUGGGAGGGUGGAUUCGUCAUCACUGGGUACACAAAGUACAUGGCAUAUCCCAGAGUACUUCUACCAUGCCAUAAUACACGACCACUUCUGA